AUGCCAGCAACAGAUUGUCAAGAAGCACCAUCUGCAUUGUUUUCAAGCUUGGGGUUUUCAAUUUUGAGCAGGCGCCGAGAUAAAGUGCAUUCUAUGGAGUUUUCUCAUGAGGCCACUGCCCAAGAAAUGGAAUUGGGAGCAUUUCAGAAACUUGUGGCUGAAAACUUUCAUGAAUUGGCAGCUUCAGCUUCUUUCAAUCCCGUGGACUCAAAAACUUUUAGAAAUGUUUGUAAUGCAAUUCGUGAUGGGAUUGAGGUGAUUAGACAAUGGCAAAAGCAGUUGGAGAUUGUUUUGUUUGCAUUGGACAAUCAAAGGAGCAUUGGAGAAGGACAGAUUCUUCGUGCUAAGAAGGCUUUGAUCGAUUUGACUAUUGGGAUGCUUGAUGAGAAAGAGUCGAAUAUGCCUCCUGCGCGUAGAAAUAGCUGCUUUCGUUUUCUUGCUAUGAUUCUGUAUGGAGUUGCUAACCCUUCAAGUUUCUGGAUUAUGCUAAUGCAUGCCCAACACAACUCGUGUUUCUUGGUAAGCAGGAAGUGA